UUCCAGCUAAUGGCCUCUACUCUUUUCUCGACUGAACUGUUUUGGCUUCACAUUUGCCAGCUUCUUUUCUCACUGUUGUGGCUAAGAAGGGGACCAGCCGACGGUUUGUGAGCCACAAAGAGGAGAAACGAGCCCUUUUGGAAUUUUUUGGGUGCAUAAACAUUCGUCAGCACUUGAACAUGUCGCUCUGAAGUGCUGCUGUGGGACCAGAGGAGGAGGAGGAACAGCUACCCAGCAGCUCUGGUUUCAGACCUCUGCAACACCCUUUGUGUAUGACAAUUCAUUUUGAGCGCAGGACGGCUGGGGAGGGAGUGGGGAAGGAUGAGCACAAGCAGCCUCUCUUGGGACCAGGCUGUCCUCCAGCCUCCGGUGUGUGAUGCCUGGAAGAAGAUUAUGGAGGAAGCAGCCUACCAGCUGGCCAGCUGCAUCGUCCUCCUGGGUUACAUGGGGGGAAGUGGCAUCUUUGGGUCCCUCUAUAUCUUUGGCCUCCUGGCCCCGGGCUACUUCUGCUAUGCUCUGUGGGGCUGGCUGAGUGCUUGUGGGCUGGAUAUCUUCAUCUGGAACAUGCUGCUCGUCCUCAUCUGCUUGCUUCAGCUGGCUCACCUGGCUUACCGACUCCGCAGAAACACCAUCCCAGAAGAGUUUGACCUCCUCUACAAGACCAUGUACCUGCCCUUGCAGGUGCCCCUGGAAGUCUACAAAGAAAUCGUGAAGUGCUGUGAAGAGCAUGUCCAGUCACUAGUCAGAGACCAGAAUUACGCGGUAGAGGGCAAGACGCCCAUUGACCGCCUCUCGUUGCUGCUGUCUGGCAGGAUCCGAGUGUGCCAGGAUGGACAAUUCCUUCACUACGUCUUUCCUUACCAGUUCCUGGACUCUCCAGAAUGGGAGUCACUGCGACCCUCUGAGGAAGGAACUUUCCAGGUCACGCUAACAGCUGAGACCGAUUGCAGCUUCAUCACCUGGCCGAGGCAGAAGCUGUAUCUCCUGCUGAGGAAGGACCGCUACAUUGCCCGGCUCUUCUCCUCCCACCUGGGCUAUGACAUCUCAGAGAAGCUCUACUCCCUCAACGAGAAGCUCUUCUCCAAGUUUGGCCUGCGCUUUGACAUCCGCUUGCCCAGCCUCUACCACGUCCUUGGGCCAGCUUCCUCUGAGGGGGAGUCGGAGGACUGCGAGGAGCUGCUGCCUGCCUCUGGCCAGGCCAGUGUCUCUGAGCCCCCUCCGCAGCCGCCACCACCGCCACCACCGGCCCCGCGCCCCCGGGCAUCCCGGCCUGACAGUGAGCUGCUGGGUGAGGACUCCACCAGUCUUGUCUUGGAAGAUUUUGCUGAGUUGCCAGGGUCUUUUAUGGACUAUGUGAGCGAAGCCUCUGGAAACCUUCUCCGGAGUUCUCCUCACCCUCUCUGCAAAGGACGAGCCCCUCUGGCUCCCACUCAGACUCCUGAACUCUAGGGAACAACAGGCUGUUUUGAUCCCGAAGCCUCUGCAAGGGCACAGAUGCUCACACAGGUUUUUGGUCAGAGACACACUCUUUAGC